GUACGUUUUCAUAAUAAAUCCGUUUAGAUAAAUGUUUAUCAACGGGUUUACAUGUAAAAAGUUGGUAGUACGCUCAGUGGAUUAAGAAAUGUUAAUGCGUUAGCCGUGGGGAAAGAUGUUUAAAAAACCAAAAGCCCCAAAGGAUGACCCUGAACCAUGGAGAGAUCAUAAAGACUUAAGAGAAGGGUGGAGAAAUGAGUAUUUUAAGGAAAUCUUACAAAAUAUCAAAUACACUGCGGAAAAGGCACAAAGUUCAGAUAGUGUUGAUUCCGACACGGUUAAUAUCUUGAUGCUUGGCUAUGUUAAUAGCGGAAAAUCGUCGACCAUCAACUCAAUUUUUAACACUGUUCACGGGAGGAUUUGUAAACGUGCAAAAUCGGGAGAGAUUGAUCCGCCCUUUACUCAAAAGUAUAUGUCAUACAAAUUGGAUCGUGAACUAGACAGAAUUAUUCUCUAUGACACCAUGGGAUUUGACUAUGCUCCCGGACAAGGUAUAUUAAUUGAUGACAUCAAGAGUUGCAUUAAAGGAGAUGUAGAAGAUGGUUAUCAUUUUAAUGCACUGCGAAAAAAAGAAAGAGAAUGGUGUAGGUUUAAAGGGAGGGAAAUAGAUUGUGUUGUGUAUUGUGUUGACGCUCUUAUGGUACUAUGGGCAAAAAGUUUAUGUAGAAAAGUUCAGGAGGUAAAGGCAGAAUUAAAAUUAUUCGCACAAGAAAGUGUUGUGCUUGUUACGAAGAUAGAUGAAAUUUGUGAAGAAACAAAGGAAGAUAUAAGAAAGAUAUAUCAUAGCAGCGGUAUAGAGGAAGUGGUCAAGAUAGCGGCAUCGAUGUUUGAAGUCAGUGUUGACAAUGUUUUUCCAAUCAAGAACUACUCUGACGAAAUGGAAGUGGAUGAAUACAAAAACAUUCCGUUACUUUUAGCCCUGCAAAAGGCUGUAGAUUGUGGCACUAAGCACAUUCUACAUAAGGUGAAGAUGUGUGAAAUGCUUUAUGAUGAUCCAUGGAGGGAUUACAAGGACCUAAGGACGGGCUGGGACAAAGAGUACGAUGAAAAACUAUUACAAGAAAUCAAAAGAAGAGCAGAGGAUACAUUGGCUAUAGAUAGAAUGUAUUCCGACACAGUAAAUAUCAUGAUGGUUGAGUAUAUUCAAAGCAAAACAUCGUCGGCCAUUAACUUUUCUUCCAGCAAACUUAACAAAAGAAUACCAAAUUUGGCGGGAGAUAAGAUAAUACCAUUGUGUAAAACAUAUACGUCAUACAGACUGGAGAAAGGGCUAGAAACCAUUGUCUUCUAUAACACCAUGGGACUUAAACUCACUCAGAGCCCAGAUAUAUGCUGUAAUGACAUCACUAGUUGGAUUAAUGGAGAUGUAGAAGAAAGUCAUCUGUUCAAUCAAUGCGCAGAAAAUGAAAAUGAUCGGUAUAUUGUAAAAGGACAGAGAAUGCAUUGUCUAAUGUAUUGUGUUGAAGCGAAAAAUUUAAUGGAAGAAUUCACACCACUCAAGAAGAAAAUGCAAGAUAUGGAGAGAAAGUUAAAUAUAUCUGCGCAAGAAAGGAUAGUGCUUGUUACACAGAUAGAUGGAAUUUGUGAAGUGACAAGAGAAGAUAUAACGAAGAUAUUCCAUAGCAAAAACGUAAAAAAACUAGUAGAGAAAGCGGCGUCUGUGUUUGAAGUUAGUCUGGACAAAGUGUUUCCAAUUAGGAAUUACACAGAAGAAAUGGAAACCGAUGAAUACACAAAUAUACCGUUGCUUUUAGCCUUACAAAAGGCUGUAGAUUGUGGUACUACGAACAUUCAAAGGACCCUAAAAGCAAAGCAAUCAGACAUAUUUGCUGACAUCUUCUUUUUGAAUGCAAGCAUUUUUUUAUGAAAUACUUGACAUUAGUAUAUUCAUACAAACAUGUGUAGUGUUUUAGUGAUGUAAACGUAAUUCUUCUAAAAUUUAGCAACACACUAUCAUCUAUUUUUUUUUACUUUCUGACAUAUUUCUCAAACAGUAUUAACCUAUUCCCUUCAGUAGUUUUGAAGAUACCAACUUGCACGCAUUCACUUUACAAAGGUGUGACGGCAAAGCCGACGCCUGGGUGAGUACAAUAUAGCUCUACCCAUUCUUCAAAAAGUAGUGCUAAAAACUGUACUCAAUUUUCACGUUUCCGUUUUUACAUGUUAGACACAAUCAAUCUUUUCUUUCAAGAUUUAAUAGCCAAAAUAUGAUAUUGUUAUUUUAAGAAGUCGUCCUUUAUGAUCUGCAAUAAGUUGAAAAAAUCAAUGGUUUUCUUUACUUAAGUCUAAUAUUUAAAUUUUAUUUUAAUUUUAAAUAUGAAUCAGCUGUCUUGAAAAAUGCAAUAUGGUCACUGUAUUGUCUAUUGACUGUUUUGAAUGUUGUUCUCAUAAACUGUUACAGCAUAUAUAAAUGAACUAGAUAAUAAAAUAAUCAUUGU